UUACGUCAUUCUGAAGUAUCUAGAACACUUUACGAUACUGUUGACAACUGAGGAUUUGGUUUCCUGCCUGCUGCUGGUAUACUGUUUAGUUAUGACUUAGUUGUAAAACAAAAGCUGGAGUUAAAUGAGUGUUUUUGACUUAUUUCGCGGGUUCUUCGGAGUACCCGGAGGCCAUUAUCGUCGCCAAAGGGACCCCUUCUUCGAUGCUAUGACUCAUGACGAUGACGAUGAUGAAGAAGAUGGAUACGAUGAUGGCUUCCGAGGGGACCAGCAGGACCCCUUUGACAGUGCCUUGAGGUUUGGCUUCAGCGUUGGCCCCGACGGGAUGAGGAUCCAAGAGCCUCCCAUGUUUGGCCAGGUCCUCAGGGAGAUGGAAGAGAUAUUCUCCCAGCUGGGCCGCUGGGACGGACAGCCAGACUCUGGACACUUUGGUGUUCCCAGAAGCAUGCCGCCAUCACCUCCUCAGGACAGAGCUGAAAGAGGUGGAGGGGGAUCUGGUGGGAACCCCCUGAGAGACUUCAUGCUCAAAUCUCCCAACAACGACCCACAGGGACCCCCAACAGAGCCCAGAAAUGAUGGCCACCCUUCUUAUGAUUCACCAGAAUUUCCCAGCUCCCCUUUUUCAAAGUUUAAUGAUAUUUGGAGAAGAGGCCCACAGAGAGCCCCAGGGGAGCACAAAGAAGACAGAGAUCUGGACUCUGCAGUGUCCUCUCGGGGCUUGGAUCAGAUUCUGAUGCCACCUGCUGGUCAGGCACCGAACCAACCCAGAGCCCGCUCAUUUUUCCAAUCAGUCACCGUCACCAAGGUGGUGAAACCUGAUGGGACUGUAGAGGAGAGGCGAAUAGUUCGAGACAGCCAAGGCAAAGAAGAGACGACGGUGACUCGCUCAGGAGGGCCCGGUCUCCUGGAGGGCCCAGAGCAUCAAACAGGACCGGCCAUAUCAGGUGGGCCAAACCCAUUUGGAGACAUGCGGGACGAUGACUCAUUAUUCUCAAAGUUCUUUGGAGGGUUUAAAUAAAACGUAAAGUGAAGUGUUACAUGGAGCACACUCUCUAGCUUUGAUUCCCUGAAAAUGUUGCAAUUUAUGGGUAUUUCACUCUAGAGCAGUGAGUUUGUAUAUGUAAAGAAUAUAUCUGUAUUUAUGAACAAAAACACUUAACUAACCUUCAAUUGCCAAAAUGAUUGCGUAGGUUUAGGGUCUCUGGCCUGUUUUAAGGGUUACCAAUGUAGACUACAAACCUGCCAAUCCUGAAGACUAGGGAUUUAAACAAAUCAACACAAAUCAGGUAGGAAACAUUUCACAAUUUCAUAUUUUGUUUUUUGUUUUUUUCCUGUAGGAUAAGCUUGUAUCGAUGUGAUUGUGUGAGAUGUCAAAUAAAGAGUUUAAAUAUA